CCGUAUUUUUAAAAUGAAAGUGAAAAUGCAGUUAUUCAAAGAAAAAUAGGCCUAUCGGGGAACUAGAUAUCUUUCAGAAAGCUAAUGAUGGCAUGGUCCCAGCAAAAAUUAAUUCUUAAUACGAAGGAAGAAGAUCAGCUGUCUUCGUGGAUAGGAAAUCCGUGUCAAUUUCAAUUAUUGUACAAAGUAAGUCGGGAUGGAUUGUCAGCACAAACAUUUCACAGAUUGUGUGAUAACAAAGGCCCUACGGUAACUGUUCUUCACAACUCCAUCGGAAAUGUAUUUGGGGGGUAUCUCUCUAGUAGUUGGAACUCGAACAAUUCAACGAUUAAGGACGACAACGCUUUUCUUUUCCAACUGCAACGACGUUAUGUAACCACUACACAAAGAGUAAAUGUUCACACACCAGAAACGGCUGCCUUUGGGGUGAAGUCCUGGGGUCCAACCUUUGGAGGGAUUUCAGAAGAUCCUCGACAACGUAAGCCACCUCAGCUUUCUGUCAAACAAAACCCGUUUCAAUUUGCACAAGAUUUUGAUCUAAGAACUUUCUUUGAUAAUAACAGUAAUGUUGGAUUUCAAUGGGGGUUUCAAGGAGGUAAUAACCUUGGACAAAGGGCAUUUGCCCAAAACCCAAACCAGCAAUUUAUUAACCUCAAUGGACAAGAAGAUCUAGGACUGAGUUAUGGAAAAUUCGAAGCCAACACUUGUCAAUUAUCGGAGGGGGAUUUCAAGGUUAUAGAUCUGGAGGUUUAUCUUGUCAAAGAAGAUGUAAAAAGUGCAACAAAAAAGGUCGAAACUUUGAGCUCGCAUCCUUGGAGAGAAAUGCCGAUCUGGAACGUCCAGUCUUUUCAAUCCUUAAAAGAUUAUGUAACAGGCUACCACCCGAUUGAAGAUUCAAAUGUGAAAGAUGUCAAUAUUCUGCUGCUUGGUCAAGUUGGAGCUGGAAAAUCUAGUUUUUUCAACACAAUUAACUCAAUUUUCAGAGGGGAAAUAACAUCCCGCGCAUGUACAGGAAGCUCUGAUCACAGCUUGACAAAAACGUUUAGAAAAUACAGAAUUCGGAAUCCAGGUACAGGUCGCUAUUUAAAUUUAAAACUGUGUGACACUCGCGGACUGGAAGAGAGUUUUGGUGUUCAUACCCAGGAUAUCGCCUAUGUUCUAGAUGGACAUAUUCCUGAACAUUAUCAGUUUAAUCCAGCUUCACACGCUACGCCCAAAGUACAAGGUUUUCUGAAAAAUCCCAAGAUUGAAGAUAGAAUCCACUGUGUGACUUUUGUUAUAGAUGCAAGUACUAUUGACGUCAUCACUGACGCAGUACUUCAUCACAUUAAAGAGAUUCAAAACAUAAUUGUCGAGAGAGGUAUUCCACAAACAGUUUACCUGACCAAACUGGAUAAAAUAUGUCCAAAUGUCGAUCAAGAUGUGACAAAGCUUUUCCUCAGUAAUACAUGUAAACAGGCCGUGGAUAAGGUUGCUGAGAUGAUUGGCGUACCCAGGUCACAUGUUUUCCCCGUGAAGAAUUACGAGAAGGAGACCCGUUUACAAGAGACCAUCAACAUCCUGGCUCUUACAGCUCUCCGACAAACUCUUGUGUUCGCAGACGACUACUUGGAAGAUCAGUACGAAAUUGGUGAUGUGUACUGAUUCCAUGUAUUAUCAAGUAGCUAAACGGGGGAGUGAAUUCAAAUGUAUUAUAUAUUAGAAGACCUAUCAAAUUUUUACAAAUAUAAGACAAUAUGAUUAAAUGAUGUGAGUGCAGUUACUAGUGGAUUGUGUCACACACACACGAUGGAGCAAUUAGCUUCCUUGUUAUGGAAUAAGUAUAAUGAUAAUGGACUCAAUCCGUUGUUGUCUCGGCUGUCCUAAGUAUAUAUAUAAUUUUUUGAACUUCAUCUAAAGUGCCUUGUGGUAGGCUUUCUACAUGAGUGAAACAUUUUAAAAUGGAAAGUAAGAAAUAAAAUCAAACGAUCGCAUUUAAUAUUUUACAUAGCAAUUUAUUGGUUUCACGUGCAAUAUGUGUCAAUUUUUUGAAUGCAAAGUUGUUGCAUCUUAUCCCUACCUUUUAAUUAUAUUCCUUUCCACGUGUAUAUAUUGCCUAUGUAUAAGAAAUAAAUACAUUUCAAAUUUGAAUUCCAAUCUAAAAUUCAUUUUUUCCAUUUUUGAUCCCCCCAAUCAUGUUUUAGAUCGAGAAAAGGAAAACAACAUCACUAAAGGUAUAUUUAAGACGUUUUAAUACUCAAUA